UCCUUCCUUCCAUGGCUAUGGCCCUAUUUAUGUUUGGCUGCUCCUGAAUCUCCUCUUAUUGCCCUUCUGUCCCACAUCCCUGUCUCAUAAUUAAGCUGUUCCUAAUUCUCUGAGGUGAUUGGAUUAGGAGGCAAACAACAAGGAUAACUUGCAUUUUGGAUUAACAGCAAGAGGAAUCAGAUCAAUCAAACAAGAGGAAAACGUGCAAAGAAGACGACAGACAAAGCUUGCAUCAUCACCUUGAGGCCCGAAGCCAAGAAAAGAUGGGGCUGUCAAUCUCAUACCCACCAGACGACUACCUGCCAGCAAUGGAGGACAACAUGGGCAGGCUGUUCAUCCGGUCCCUCAGCUUCGACGCCAUGGAGAUGGAGGAGGCCGCCGCCGCCGAGUCACACUCGCCAUCGCCAUCGCCGUCGCCGGCAUUGCAGCCGGCGUUCGGCGGCUCCGGCGGGAAGCUGAUCAUAGAAGGCUCCCUGAGCUUCAAGAGAAGAGAGGCUGACCCGGUUCAGAUGGAGACCAUGAUAUCCAUCAGGAGCCCAGAGCAGGACAGCAGCAGUAGCAGCAAGCCGAAUGCCACUGCCAGUCCGUCGAGAUUCACGUCGGCCGCCGCCGGAGACCGGUCACCGGAGUCUCCGGCGGUGGCCGGACUGCGUAGCCCGGAGCACCAGGCGGCCGCAGUCAGGCUGCAGAAGGUGUACAAGAGUUUCAGGACGAGAAGGCAGCUCGCAGAUUGUGCCGUUCUCGUCGAGCAGAGAUGGUGGAAAUUGCUCGAUUUCGCGCUGCUCAAGCGGAACUCGGUGUCAUUUUUCGACAUUGAGAAGCCCGAGACGGCGGUCUCAAGAUGGUCUCGGGCAAGAAUGAGGGCUGCCAAGGUUGGCAAAGGUCUGUCCAAGGAUGAGAAGGCCCAGAAACUUGCUCUGCAGCACUGGCUUGAGGCGAUCGAUCCUCGACAUCGGUAUGGGCACAAUCUGCACUACUACUACCACUGUUGGCUCCACUGUGAGAGCAAGCAGCCAUUCUUCUACUGGUUGGAUGUAGGUGAAGGGAAAGAUGUCAACUUAGAAGAGCACUGCCCAAGAUGGAAGCUGCAUAAGCAAUGCAUCAAGUACCUUGGCCCUAAAGAGAGGGAAUCCUAUGAAGUGAUUGUCGAGGAUUCGAGGCUAAUGUACAAACUGAACCGUCAGAUCGUCGAUACAACCAAAAGCCGAAAGGGCUCAAAAUGGAUCUUUGUGCUGAGCACAUGCAAGACUCUCUACAUUGGUGAGAAACAGAAGGGCACAUUCCAGCACUCCAGCUUCCUGGCAGGGGGAGCUACAUCAGCUGCAGGGAGACUAGUUGUGGAGGAUGGAAAUUUGAAGGCAGUAUGGCCUCACAGCGGGCAUUAUCGCCCGACAGAGCAGAAUUUUCAGGAGUUCAUGAACUUCCUGAAGGAGAGGAAUGUAGAUCUGACCAAUGUUAUGUUGAACCCUUCAGAAGACGAAGACGAUCCCGAAUUCAGCCUCAGGAGCAGCCAUUCUAGGCAGGACUUAACCGAACUCUGCCAGCCCGACAAGGAAGACCAGAAUGCACAAAUAGCACAACACCAUGACACUGAAGAAACCAAGAUCAGCAGUGGCGCACCCACCAUGGUGACCACACCGACAAUCAGGAAAUCCACAUCAGUGAACAAGCUGCAAGGGAAGCGGCCUACCAGGCUGCUGAUCAGUUCCAACAGCAGAGACCUAUCUGCCACAGACAGCAAAGGAAAGCCGUCACCGGUUAGGAAGGACAUGGACGAGGACUCCACCAUGUUCGGGGAGUGCCUCGCCUUCUGCAAGAAGAACCUGUUCGAAGAGGGAGGUGACGAAGAAGAUGAGCUGGUGGAAGUACCAGAGGAGCUAAUCCUGAGCCGUAUCAACUCCAAGAAGGCCAUGAAAUCAUACCAGCUGGGGAAGCAACUGUCCUUCCAAUGGAGCACUGGAGCUGGACCUCGGAUCGGGUGCGUUCGCGACUACCCAUCGGAGCUCCAGUUCCGCGCAUUGGAGGAGGUCAGCCUGUCACCUCGAGGAGACAAGUCGGCGAGGUUUUCGUCACCGAGGCCAAGCCCCUUGACACCAAAUAGCAUCCCAGUUGCAAGAUUUGGCUGUAGCCCUACAACCCAAGGUGACAACAUGGGGCUGAGCCUGAAGCCAAGGCAGAGGAGUGCUACUUGGGCUGCUUUCUAGUGUUAACAUUGCAUGCAAUUGCAAAGGCAGUGCUGCUUCUCUUUCUUUACUGGAGGAUGAUGCGUGUAAAGCGAGUGAGGGGGGGGGGGGGGGGGGGGGGGGGGAGAUGGGACUGCCAUUCUUUGGUUUUGUAGAUGUGUAGAGAAAACACACUGUGACUUGCAGUGAACAAGUAAUAAGAUGUUUCUUUCAAGGGAGAUGUAAUAGCAAGUAGGAUUUAUUCAAGGUUCAGGCACAACAGAAAUUAAAGGUUUCUGGAGGAAAAUAAUGGAUGCCAUAAUUUCUGCCAGAAGAGAUCAGACAUUGCUGGGUUCAUUGCAAGAACAUGCAUUUGUUAAUCAAACCAUAAGAACCAGAAGAUGAACCUGAGAGUGAAGUACAGAGGAGGAUUAGACAUUCAC